CACACUUCCUAGGAAAGCAGGCCCGCUAUACGAUUACAUCAAUGAAGAUGUGUUGGUUAGAAACAAGGUUUACCAGGUAGACGAUCAUGGGCGGUCAUUUACCGGUAACAACUGUAAACGAUAUUUGAGUGAUGAAGUUCUUCUUGAUGUUUCGACAAGUUUAAAAGAAAAGCAAUGCGAGCUGUCUGAGAAUCAAAAUCUAUACAAAAGGACAGUUGAAGUGAGUGACAGAUUUGUCAGAUUAAUGUCAAAGAACCAAAAGGUUGAAUCACCAAUUAGUCACUGCAACCCUAUUCUGCCAGACGAAUUGCCUG